CCCAGUUUUCCAACUCUGAAGUGUUUUCCAAUCAAAACAAAGAAAAGAUUUGUGGAUGUUGAAUAUGCAAGGAGCUGAAGAGAGAGAGCUUGGAAGAGAGGUUUGUCCAGAUUUGAUGGACAGGUCUGUUCCAGAGCAGGAUGUCUCUGAAAUUAAUUCACCAGGGAUAGUAGCAAAGAGAUUACCAGAGGAUGUGAACCAGGAUUCUAUAUUUGAAAAAAAAUAUGCAUGUGAGAGCAUGAAGGAAAACCCUUCUGGAGAGGUUCCUGGACCAUGCCUUUUUCAAGAACGAGGUUUGGGGGAAAUAACUUUUAUCCACAAGGAAGCAUCUCCUGAAACAAUUAGCCAAGAAUAUAAUUUUGAGCAAAGCUUGCUCUUGACCUCUAGCUUUGUUACACAUCUCAGGGUUUCUACAGAAGAGAGCCGACAUCAGUGGGAGACAAGUAGCAUACACACUAAUGAGAUUUCAGACCAAAGUAAAUGCCCAACUCUCUCUACACAGAAAAAGUCUUGGGAAUGUAAUGAAUGUGGAAAAACUUUUACUCAGAGCUCAUCCCUUACCCAACAUCAGAGGACUCAUACUGGAGAGAGACCUUAUGCAUGUGAGGAAUGUGGGAAAGCCUUUAGUCGAAGUUCCUUCCUUAUUCAGCAUCAAAGAAUUCACACCGGAGUAAAACCAUAUGGAUGUGAGCAGUGUGGGAAAACAUUUCGAUGUCGAUCAUUUCUUACUCAGCAUCAGAGAAUCCAUACUGGAGAGAAACCUUAUAAAUGUAAUGAAUGUGGGAAUUCCUUCCGCAAUCAUUCACAUCUCACUGAACAUCAGAGAAUUCACACUGGAGAGAAACCUUACAAAUGUAAUAGAUGUGGGAAGGCAUUCAAUCAGAACACACACCUCAUUCAUCAUCAGAGGAUUCACACUGGUGAGAAACCUUAUUUAUGCAAUGAAUGUGGCUCUUCUUUUCGCAAACACUCAAAUCUCAUACAACAUCAGAGAAUUCACACUGGGGAAAAACCCCAUAAAUGUGAUGAAUGUGGGAAAACUUUCCAAACAAAGGCAAACCUCUCUCAGCAUCAGAGAAUUCAUACUGGAGAGAAACCGUAUAAAUGUAAGGAAUGUGGCAAGGCCUUUUGUCAGAGCCCGUCCCUUAUUAAACACCAGAGAAUUCAUACUGGAGAAAAACCCUAUAAAUGUAAGGAAUGUGGCAAAGCUUUUACUCAGAGUACCCCACUUACUAAGCACCAGAGAAUUCACACAGGGGAGAGACCCUACAAAUGCAGUGAAUGUGGUAAAGCCUUCAUUCAGAGCAUUUGCCUCAUUCGGCAUCAGAGAAGUCACACUGGAGAAAAACCCUAUAAAUGCAGUGAAUGUGGGAAGGGCUUUAAUCAGAAUACCUGCCUCACUCAGCAUAUGAGAAUUCAUACUGGAGAGAAGCCCUAUAAAUGUAAAGAAUGUGGGAAAGCCUUUGCUCAUAGCUCAUCUCUUACUGAACAUCACAGAACUCACACUGGUGAGAAGCUCUAUAAAUGUAGUGAAUGUGAGAAAACUUUCCGCAAGUAUGCACACCUUAGUGAACAUUACAGAAUUCACACUGGUGAGAAGCCUUAUGAAUGCUUUGAAUGUGGAAAAUUCUUCAGACAUAGUUCAGUCCUUUUCAGACAUCAGAAACUUCACAAUGGUGAAUAACCCUGGCAUUCAGGUUAUGGCAGCUUCUCUAGAAAGAGUGACUAGGAAUCUGGCGGGAGGCGGUGGGGCAGGUAGAGUUCCUGGAGGGAAGGAUGAAGGAACACCGAGUAUUAUACUCAGAAGAGUAUUUCCACUUAUGGAGGCGGGAGCUUGGAGAAUGCAGAGCCUACUCCAGCUGGGCGUCUGGGAAGACAGGGUAGAAAGGAAGUUCUUGCUCUUCGCAUAAAUCUUCGCUGCCUGCCACUCCUCCUUCCCCUUGUGACUCUCAUGCCUUGAGGUGCCAUUUGUUAAGUUAGCACUUGCGUUUCCCUUACUGCAGCCCUGCUCCCGCGUCCCACCUUGUGACCUGCGUUCUCUGGCCAGGAGGCUGAGGUGCUUUCCCAGACAUUCAGCGUGAAAGUGCUAGCAGUGCUGAGGUGGUGCUAAGUAGCCUCCUGAUACCUGAGGCUGCUCUGAACAUGCCAUCUGUUAGAAGCGGCCUUGUGAAGGGGAGAUGGAAACAAGGGAAAACAAAGAAUCCUUAUUCGUUCAUUCAUUCAAUAAAUAAAGGGAUAGGUGGCAAGAACUGGGCUGAUGUCUACAGAUAGAAGAAGGCUUUCUCAGGGUAAGGGAGAUCUUUCCUGAUCCUUUCAAGCUGGAAGGCAAUUUGGGGCCAAAAAGGAAGUAGGAGGUCAAGAGAAAUUUAUCUUGAAUGAUGCCAGUUUGUGGGAAGGGAGUCAGAUCUGCUCAGAGGGCCAGGAAGAAGAAGGGCCAACCUUUGUCCCAGAGGAACACUGACUCACCCAGGAGGAAAAUGGUUUGCGCUAGACUGCUGGUGCUGAGGCCCAGAGCAGGAAGCCUGUGUUUGACUGAGCAGGUCACCUACAUAUCCCAGCCUGGACUAAGGUGUACACUUAGUCCAGUUUGCUUGGGCCACUGGUUUGUAGGGUCCAGGGGAGAGAGACCCACCAGGAUUAACUAUGUCCAAACAACGGUUAAUUGACGUUUAGGGAGGAGAAACCAUUAAUGAAGAGAGAAGACAGCCUUUUAGGUUGGCUGGAGUUGGGGCUCUGGACCAGUCCUCAAGAGAGUGUUGGUCAUUGUAUCAGGGAGGCCUAGGUUUCAUGUAAUUAUGUCAUUGGUGGCUUUAAGCAGGUGUGUUAGAUUUCAGAUACUUCUAUUUUUAUUGGGACUAUCUUAUUCUCGGAUAUUUAUCCUUCCCUGCAGGUUAGGAGUAGCUAGGGAGACACUUUCAUGGAAUAAAUUUGGAAAGUGUUCUAGAGAGAACUACCUCUUUUUGAAGUCCUUGAGUAUUGAGAUAGUACAGUUUGCUACCAUGAUGGUAUUUUAUUCUUUUAAGAGAAAGGGCAUGGUUUUUCCUUUAUUUCUUUACUCCCUUUCAUGUUGUUUACUGCUACUCAGAGCUUGAACUCUUGAGAGAUGAGGUGGGGAUUGCCUUUGACUGCUAUUUGUAAUAGUUUCUAUGCCCUGAAGCUUAUAUAAUUUUUAAAAUAAUGACUGUUAAAAAACAAAGUCCGUUGAUUCUGGAAUGGUUGGUUACCUAGAACUCAGCAUUAAUUUUUUUUUUCCCAGAACAGCUAUCUUGUAAGCAUUGGUUUGAACUGUUAAUCACCAUUAAUAGGAAUGUGGCAGAAACAUCACUAUCUUCCUCUGCAGCUGUGAAGGUUAUAUUCUCAAAACCUGCCACAGGGCAAUUCAUAAUUGAGUAAGUUAAUAUCUUAUGGACAAAAAUAACCCUUAAAACUUGAUGUUCAUGAAAAAAUUAUAGUACUCAAAGGAAAUACUGAUGUAUUUGUACUUUCUAAGUGAAAAUAA